AUGCAGGCCCCUGCCCUGAAUGAGCCCACCAUCGACUAUGGUUUCCAGAGGCUGCAGAAGGUCAUUCCCAGACACCCCGGCGAUCCUGAGAGGUUACCAAAGGAGGUGUUACUGAAGAGGGCAGCUGAUCUUGUUGAAGCCCUGUACGGAAUGCCCCACAACAACCAGGAGAUCAUUCUGAAGCGGGCAGCUGACAUUGCAGAGGCCCUGUACAGCGUUCCCCGCAACCACAACCAGAUCCCCUCUCUCGCUAACACAGCCUCCCACGGCAUGAUGGGAGUCAACUCCUUCAGCAGCCAACUAGCAGUCAAUGUGUCUGAGUCACAAGGGAACGACCAAGUGGGCUACAGCCGGAACACCAGCAGCGUCUCCCCUCGGGGCUACAUCUCCAGCAGCACCCCACAGCAGUCGAGCUACAACACCGUCAGCAACAGCAUGAAUGGCUACGGCAACGCUGGUAUGAACCUGGGAGUGCCAAGCUCCCCUGGGUUCCUCAAUGGAUCCUCUGCCAACUCCCCAUAUGGAACACUACUCACAGCACGCUCUCACCCUCUCCCUCCCUUCCUCCCUCCUUCCCUCUCCCUUCCUAUCGUGUCCGCAGUUAAACAAAAGAGCGCCUUCGCCCCUGUGGUCCGACCCCAGGCCUCCCCACCCCCUUCCUGCACCAGCGCCAACGGCAACGGACUGCAAGCCAUGUCCGGCCUGGUUGUCCCUCCA